CCCGAAGCUACUAGAAAGCCGGUAAACGAAUAUAAAUACCCUGCGGCGGAAAGUACUGUCAGUUUCAGAAUUCGACUUAGCAAAGUGAAAGUUGAAUUUGCGAUCUUGUACAGCGACGUUCUCUAACUCUUGUGUCUCUCUGCGAUUUAGCUUGAGUGUGUGCUAAAGGUUAAAAAUGGCAUUAAGAGCUCUCGUUCCAUCUAUCCUCGGUCGUGACUGGUGGAAUACAUGGGAUUAUCCCGAGAGGAUUAUGGACCAGUGUUUUGGGAUGCAGUUGUUGGAUGAUGACUUGUUGCCUCCGCGAGUUUACCGAGGUUACCUAAUCCAUCCUCGCACACAAACUUCCAUUGCCAAUUCGGGACAGUCUGAAGUAAAGAACGAUGACAAACAAUUCCAAGUUGCUCUCAACGUCAAGCAGUUUAAACCUGAAGAAAUUGAAGUGAAAAUAGUUGACAACUGCAUCGUCGUCCACGGCAAGCAUGAAGAGAGAAAUGAUGAAAACGGUAGCUUUUCCGCUCGGGAAUUUACUCGACGAUAUAUGCUACCUCAGGCCUGUGAAGGUGAUACCGUAACAUCUAGUUUGAGUCCUGACGGCGUUCUCACCAUCGUAGCACCAAAGAAGGCUAUUGAAGCACCUCCUAAACAAGAACGUCAAGUUCCUGUGAGUGUGGAAGAUUCCAAAACUAAAGAAGGCGAGUAAACUCUAAUGCCUUUGUUCUGAACUGUAAUAAUCAAUCGUAGAACUGAAACUGUUGAACAGGGAUCAUUACUCAUACUUAAGCUCAUGUGUUCCUAUUGUGGACUGCUUUUUGAAUCUAAAUGGAUGUAUAUGUAAUGUAAAUGCACAUCUAAGCUUCAUGUGAAAAUCGUUUUUUGUAUUAUCUUGUCAAAUAAGCAGCCUGUUAUUUAUUUUUUCUAAUAAAAGUAUUAUUUGCAUAUUAAGUA